CGCUGACAGAGCAGUGAAACAAGUUUCCAUCUCUGAAGAUGAUCAGCAAUUUCUAAACAGUACUGUAGGUGAAUUUGAAAGACAUUAAGGUUGUCACCGAUUUUCCUUUAAUAUAGUUGACCUUUUAAACGAAUAAGGUUAGUUAAAAAAUGGCCUCAUAUUUCGACGAGCAUGACUGUGAACCCACAAAUCCAGAAGAACAGUACAGACAGAAUGCCCUGCUGGAGCUUGCAAGGUCUCUAAUGCAGGGCCUCGACAUAGAUUCAGGUUCAUUUGAUUUGUCGGAUUGGGGCCAGCGUCUUCCUCCUCCUGCAGCAAAAGCUGUGGUUCAGAGCCUUCCUGUGGUCAUCAUCUCCCCUGAACAAGCUGAUAAAGGACUGAAGUGUCCGGUGUGUUUACUGGAGUUUGAGGAGCAAGAAACAGUGAGAGAGAUGCCCUGUAAACAUCUGUUCCACACAGGGUGUAUUCUGCCUUGGCUAAGUAAGACCAAUUCAUGUCCUUUGUGUCGACUUGAACUACCCACUGACAAUCCAGACUAUGAGGAGUUUAAGAAAGAUAAGGAACGAAGAAGACAAAGAGAACAUAGACUAGAGGAUCUCCACGGAGCCAUGUAUACAUGACCUCUGCACCUCAAAUACUUGAUUAUGAAUGCAAAUGAUAAUGAUAGUCUGAACUUUCAGUUUGAUGGAAGUCAGAGUUCACUGUGCAGGGACCAGGCUUUAAAAUGAUUUUGUUUGCUUGAACUUGAAAAAACAGCAAAGUUUUAAAUGUUAUUCCUUUUAAGACUGCUUUUUGUAUGUCUAUGCACUGAGAACUAUUCGUAUGAAAGAUGCCUCUGUAAUGUAACCUUUGGAUUUUAUUAAAUGUUUUAUUAAUCAAUGAAAGCAGUUGCUUUUAUGCUGUUAGUAUUUGUAUUUGAAUUUACUACGCCAAUUCCAAAAAAUUUGGGACAGUAUGAAAAAUGCUAAUAAAAACAAAAGGAGU